AUGGCGGCCAUGGUGAACUCCAAGUGGACGCUGGCGAGGCGCCCGGAGGGCGUCUAUGACCCUGCGCUGGAUACGACCCUCGUGACUGAGCAGGUGAGCUUAGAGGACUGUCCGGAAGACAAGGUCAUCGUGAAGGUCGAGAUGCUGUCCGUGGAUGCCUUCAUUCGGACGAUGAUGGAUGAAGAAGCCUACCAUGGGGUAGAUGGGAUGGGAAUCCCAGUGGGCGCCGUGGUGCCGGCCAUUGGCUAUGGCACCAUCGUGGCCGCCGGCAGCCAGUCCGGCAAGUCGGUGGGGCAGAAGGUCCUUGGAAGCGUGGGUGCGCAGACCUACGCCACGGUCCCGGAUGCUUGGCCGCAUCAGGCCGCGGCCAUGGAGGAGAUGUGUCCUAGCCAUACUUGGCCAAAGCCUUUGGCCUCCUUUGCCUUCGCCUUAAGCGCCGGCGCCAUCAGCUCCUGGGCCCUUCGAAUGCCACGGUUGAGCUUGGCGGCGCAGGCCUUCUCGCUGGUGGCGCUGUUGCGGGCAGCGUGGGAGGCAUGGCCCCACAGGCCGAAGAGUCCUGAGGAGCAAGAGAGCCUGGCAAGAGCAGAGGUCGAAGCCAUGGCGCUGACGCUGGAGCACUUGGAGGCGCGCUUAGAGCGCUCGGAGUUGCUGCGGCAGAGGCUUCAAAGCUCCUUUGCCCAGGUGGUGGUACAGCUGGAGAAGUCCGAGCGGAAGGAGUCGCAGCUCUACCGGGAGCUCUUGCGCAUCAUGACCUUGGCAGGUGCAGACGAUGCCUGUGAAGCUGGAGGCGAUCCCGCUGACGCUCCGGCGGUGCCUGCGGUGCCUGGCUUUACCUUCGCCCCCGGCACGCCCGAGGGGGCGUCGCUCGACCGUCCGAGCCUCUCUUCGGGCGACGAAGAGACCGAGGAGGAUUCCGAGGAGACCGAUGCCUUCGAGGGCGACGAAGAAGAACGGGAACAGUUGGAUGGGGCAACAGAGGUGGACCAUCUCAACCCUCCAGCUGAAGCCGAAGCCGAGCUCCCAGAGCUCCCAGAGCUUUGUGAUGCUCCCAAGCCACCGGCUUGCCCGAGCAUCGACGAGAGCAUCAAGCCGCCCAGCGAGGUGGGUGGCAUGCGCGGAGUGCAUCCCUUCAUGAAAAUCCCUUUGCAUCGCCCCGAAGCGAUGCUGAACCUCUUCGGGCUCACCACAGGGCUCACCGCCUACAUGGGCAUUUUCAAGGUCCUCUCCGCCCCGGCUUCCCACGAGACCUGCGUCGUCAGCGCUGCCGCGGGCGCUGUCGGCUGCUUGGCGGCGCAGCUGGCGAAGUCCAACGGCGCGCGGGUCAUCGGCAUCGCAGGUGGCGCUGAGAAGUGCAAAUUCCUGAAAGACACCCUUCAGCUCGAUGGGGCCGUUGAUUACAAGAGCGAGAUCCCAAUGGGCAAGCAGCUGGACGAGAUAGCGCCAGAUGGAGUGGACUUUUUCUUUGACAAUGUGGGUGGCCAGACGCUGGAUGUCAUAUUGGAUCGCAUCCGAGCUGGUGGCCGAGUGGUGAUUUGUGGUGCUGUGAGCCAAUACUCUGGAAAUUUGAACAAGGGCAAGGUGGAGGGUCCCAGGAACUAUUUGAAGCUGGCCGAGCGUGGUGCCACCAUGAAGGGCUUCAAUGUGAUGCAGUACAUGUCCUCGGUCCCAGGUGCCAUGUGCCAACUCGCAUGGCUCCACUACCGGGGCUACUUGAGGAUUCAUGAGGACAUCCAAGAGGGCAUUGAGGCCUUUCCAAACGCGCUGCAGAAGCUCUUCAUCGGGGGCCACACUGGAAAGAUGCUUUGCCGAGUGGCCUCCGAGACCUGA